AUGGCGAAUAAUGUAUCGGCGGUUCGCGAAAUCCUCACUCAGGUCGCCCAAUCCACGCGGGUGGCCAUGCGGUUUCUGAACACCGGGCGUGAUCUACACGACUCUUCACUGAGGGCUUUGUCUUUGUUGACAGACAUACUCGACCUUUUAUAUCGUAUCAAAGAUGAAAUAAGUUGGUCGGAUGAAAAAGGGUUUGUUGCGGUCGGUCGCCUCAGGGCUCUGGCCGAGCUUCUCGGAUGGUUUGGGUUGACCAUGAAGUCUGUUGAGCUCUAUUUCCAACCAGGGGGCGUGAGCAUUUUCUACUUCAGGAAGCACUUGUUGGAGAAGACAUAUAUUCCAAGAUUGGAACAAUACAAGAUUAUGUUCCUUUUGUCGAUGCAACCAGAUUCAGAAGACCGAAUAUCAUUAGACAAUGAGAUAAGGAAGGAUCUUAAAAAACACAGGGAUGUUGAAACAGGGCCUCCUGGUGCUGGCAAAACUUACCUAUCAUCGGCCAUCAUUGACCAUCUUCAGAGAACGUUCACCUCCCCAGAUGUGGCUACUGUCUUCGUCUUCUGUCAGGAGGGUUCUGGGAAAGAACAUACAGCCAUCGAGAUUUUGAAGAGCAUACUCGCACAGCUUGUAUACCGCAAGCGCAGUUUGUCUUACGCAGCUUCUUCACUGUACUACUCGGAGUCUCUGAGAGAAGGAAGCUCAUCCCCAAAGGCAUAUCAAAAUGCGAUCCGUGCCGAGGUGAAUCGUUUUUCAAAGGUGCUCUUUGUUAUCGAUGGACUUGACAUGUUCUCUGACAAAGAGCGCAUCUUGGGUCGAUUGCAAAAGCUACCUCAACAGGCUCAACUUCUUGUCACCUUGCGGGACAUGAGCGGUAUCAAACCCGUGGACAAUCCUGGGUAUAUGAGUGUUUUAGCCCCGCCUGAAGAUAUUGGACUUUACACCUUGGCCCGCGCACGACGUGACAGUAACUUUAGAAAGCAUAUUGGAGUGAAACAUCCAGACCUGAAGCUAGAAGAUGAGAUUAUACAUGCCGUGGUUGAUAGCUCUCAUGGAGUGUUCCUUCUUGCCAAGCUACACCUUGACUUAUUAUCGCAAUACAAAGACCGCGCUGUUCUUGUAAGAGCCCUGGACUAUCUACCGGAGAACUUAGGCGAGGCCUAUGGAGAGGCAAUGAAGCAGGUCGUGAGCCUCAACCCGGCUGCGACUCGCUACAUCUAUUGGGUUCUCUAUGCACUCCGGCCAUUGACCGUUGCAGAGCUCCGAAGUGCCGUGGGUGAAAAUGACGCCAUGGAAGCUUCACGACCAAUGAGUUUUGAGCAUUCUCUUCUGGUAAAGACUGCUGGGCUUUUAGCAGUGGAUGCUACAUCGGGUACAGUACGCUUUGUCCACAGGACCGCGAAAGAGUACCUUGACGGGUCAGCUGCCAGAGUUUUCUUGCCCAAUGCCCAGAAAGAGAUAGCGGAGAUAUGCCUCUCAGCUCUCAGCCACGAUGACGUGGUUGAUGAGUGCUACAGAAAUAACAAUAGCCCUUCUCGCCCCCUGAUGAAAGGGUUUCUGGAUUAUGCCGCUACCUAUUGGGGACAGCAUUCACGACAAGUCGACGAUGAUGAGACCACAAUUCAAGUGAUGAUCAAAACAUUCCUCAAUAAACUCCUUUGGAGGAGACCUCCCCUCAACUAUUCGGCAGAAAAGAUUAAAGGAAUACCCUCGGAAAUGGGAAUAGGAAAAUAUCCUACGGACUGGAGUGGACUCCAUAUCCUUGCCUUCUUCGGCAUCCCUGGGAAAUCGCAAAGACUCAUUGAACAAGGGGCGAAUGUCAACGGACAGGACAACUCAUUAGGACUGAGUCCCCUACACUGUGCUGCCAUUCAAGGGAACGAUGAAAUGAUCGCUUUUUUGCUUGACAACGGCGCGAAAGAAAAUGCAGUCACAGCCGAUGGCAGGACAGCUUUACACUUCGCGACAGAAAGGGGCCAUCGAAAGUGCAUAAAGCUAUUAUUCGCUCAUCAUGCCGACUCAAGAAUUGCUGAUCGAAACGGUGCAACUUGUCUUCAUGUGGCCGUAGGAACAGCAAUGGAUGAGUCCAUGGUUCCCUUGCUCGUGAAACACAAGGCAGAUCUGAACUUCCAGAAUACCCUGACCGGAAACACUGCGCUCCACCUUGCUGUUGAAUGGAAGCGACCACGUAUUAUUUUAUUUCUGCUUGAAAAGGGGGCCAACAUUGAAAUCGGUAAUAACGCAGGACUGACCCCUCUUCAAUUGGCUGCCAAUACCGAUAACUGUGAAGCGAUUUCUUUGCUUUUGCAACGCUGUGCUCAUGUUGAAGCCCGCUCCCUCGCUGGACCCACAGCCCUGCAAUAUGCAGCCUGGAAAGGACACUGGACUGCCUUUGAUCUACUUAUAAUUGGUGGAGCUGAUAUCAAUGUCUGGAACAAACAAGGGGAAACGUUACUCCAUGAACAAGCUCGGUACUCCAAGAGUGUUUCAAUCGCUUCCAAGCUGUUAGAAGGAGGUGCAAAUAUUGAGGCUCGGACGUCUCAGGGCUACACCCCUCUCCAGUGUGCUGCUGUAGGGUUAAACAAGACAAUGUUCGAUUUUCUUCUUAACAAGGAUGCCAAGAUCGAUGUCGAGACUGCCAAGGGCGAGACACUUCUUCACAUCACCCCUCCGGCUAACCAAGACUGUCUAGAUAUGCUCAGGACUGCACUGGACCAAGGAAUAAAUGUGGCAGCAACAUCCAGCCAAGGCUGGACGCCUCUUCAUCAAACUGUUUAUGCAGGAACCGGAGCUCCCGACCUUGCAUCUGAUAGAACCGCUGAAUAUAUCCAGCUUCUUAUCAGCCAUGGUGCUUCAGUGAACGACUGCACGGCUUCCAAAUUUGCUGAGACUCCUCUCCAUCUUGCAGCAAUGGCACCUCUUCCGCGUCCAUCUCUAAUUGAAUUAUUGCUUCAACUGGGAGCAGACAUAAACGCUACCACCAACGAAGGAAAGACGGCACUUCAUCUCGCAGCAGAACGAGGACGGGAACCAAUUUUCCGGGUUUUGCUUGAUGCCGGUGCGGACUUGACUGUCAAAAUCCCGACCGAGAAUACUAGUCUCAUGAACGGCGAAACGAGAGAAACUCCAAUCACGGCUUUCGAGAUAGCGAAGAAAAACCCAUUCGGAUCUUUGUGGUUUGACGAUGAUGGAAAGUUACGUCCAAGACGACAGAGAAGUGGAAGAGACAGUGCAACGACGGUGUUUGAGGAUAUGGGGUCUGAAGUCUGCGAGUCAGAUAUGACUAGGUUCGAAAGGGCUAGGUCCGAUACAGGUGAUUCCGCAACUUUGGUGGGCAGUGAGAACAAUUAUUUAUUUCCAUGA